AUGGAGGCUCAAACCAGUUUAGACGGGAGAGCCAAGCGUGUCGGCGUGCAUGACCACGUCUACGUGGUGCGCAGUGAUGAUACCUGCAAGCCUGCUGGAUUCGUUGGAACUGCUGACUGCGAAGUGCUUUUCGCUGGCCGUCUGAGCCCACAAGUUCCAGGAGAGGACAGGGGCCUGAAUGGUCUCAAGGGGGCCCGGCAUUUGACUCAACUUCCGCAAUCUGAAGUGCGGAUCCUGUUAGAUGUUCGACCUAGAGUCCUCCCUUCCAAUGGUGACACCGAGAUGACUUGGGAAGAGUUUGAAGCUAAAUACCCUUUGCCACGUCAGAGUUUGCGAGAGAAGCAGAAGCUCAUGAGGUAUUUUCUUGCUAAGGCACAAGUGCCAGACAGUGUCCUACUUGAGUCCACUGCUAUCACGCUGCUGGACCAACCCUUGCCAGACCGGAACUUGCAAUCUUUUGGGAGCCAGGGGAAAUCGCAAAUCCAGUCACUCCUAGAAGACAUCCAAAAAGCAGCUGAUGAAGGUGUUCCCACAGUGGUGGCUGAUCGAUUGAAGGUGGUUUCCCGGAUUUUUCAAGUUCUAGAUGCAAAGCAGGGGAGACGACGGCUCACAAACCCAACGUCGCAACCAGGCGACGCAGAUCAUCAUGAUGCACAAUCUUCAGAGGCUAUUCCUGGUGGAUUUGGAUACCGCCCUGACUUCAUGCUGUGCUCUGUUCUGUUGGCAGAUAAGCUGACCAGCCCUGAACAAAUGGCCGAUGCAUUGUCAUUGCGGCUUUGCUUGGCUCCUGAACUUGUGGAGCACAUCUUCAAGCAGGGCUUGCAGAUUCCAAGCAGAAUGACACUGCAGAGGCAUUGGGCUGAGUUCAAGGAGACGUUGACUGCGGUUGCCCGGGCCUUUGGAACUUUUCACCGGCUUGAUCGAUUCAGAGAUGUGUGCAUCAUGCGGAAUCCCAAUGUGCCUGAGGAAUUUCGCCACGCACUGGUAGGUUUGUUCAAGACGGUCUGUCCUCAAUUUGUUGAGCACAGGUGGGAGUAUCUCUUCGAAACUUUGGAAUGGGUUGCCCCCCGCAAGUCUGCCCUAGAAUUCUUGAAGCUUCGGGAUUUCACCAAUGCUGCUGCUGAGCGGGAGAACCCUUCCCAGAAUGAGCAGCACCAUCUUUCUUCCAAACAUUUGGAGCUGUUGACUUCUUUAUGUGAUGAUGGAGUUGCGGCGCGCCGUUUCUGGGCUAUGUGCGGCCUGUGCAAGAUUCUCAGUGACUGGGGCCAUGGUGUUACCGGAUUCCUUCAUGGCUGUCCGUGUCAUGACUGGAAAGAGAGACCUAAGAAAAGGAUGAAGAAGGAUGUUGAAUUUUUAGAAAAGAAAGAGGAGGCUGACCGCCAAACGAAUUGCCCCAUGUCAGGCAGGAUGGCAGUACCAUUGGCAGCCGGGUACCCAAAGUCUGCAUUGCAGAAAUUGAAGAGUGAAGCCUCAAAUUUCCCAAACCAUGUUCAGACCGCCGUGCAAAAACUUUUUGAGAAGGAUCCUGACAGUGCGAACAUCCUUUUGGAUAACUUCAGGGUCGCGGUUUCAAAACUGGAAUUCAGAAUGACACAAGCUUUUGGUUACUGGAAUGAGCUCCCUUGGGUGCUUCUCAUGAUCAUGCAGCCCUACGUGCUGAACUUUUCCACUGCAGAAGAGGCCUGA